ACUCGUUCCAUUUAUCCAGCUCUGUUUUUUCCACCAAAAAACCAAGACCUUCGUAUCAUCAACUCCAUCUCAAUAAUCUUCCUGUCUAUUCUUUUACAUCGAGAUUUCGGAUUAAGAAACAAGAAAUGGCCCUGCUUCAAGAUCCCCUUUCCGAAUCCAUCUCCAGCCUUUUUAAAACUGUAAUAUAUGUAGCAGAAACCACAGCAGAAUUCAAGCCCCAACUAGAGGAACUCAGAGCCAUCUUACAGAGAAUAACACCGAUCAUCGAAGAGACGGUGAAGCUGAAACGGGAACUAGAUCAGUCAGAGCUAGAGUGUAAGAUGUUCAUAGAUGAAGUCCAAAAGGCAGAAGAACUUAUCACCAGAUGUUCGAAAGUAAAGAGGGAUCCGACCAAGAUGUUUCUUUACUCACGGGAGCUAAAAAAUUUCAAGCUUAAGUUGGUAAACUUCUUUCAAGUUGGAGUUCAAGCAAUUCAGAUUCGGGACAUUAUGCAGACUCUUGCAGUGGUGAACGACAUCAAAUCAAAACUGGAUCGUAUGUAUGUGGAUUCAAGAGAUUCGAAACAUAGAACAAGAUUGGUUGGUAGUCAUAGUGGAUCUGAAAGUGUAGAACGAAAAAAAUAUGGUUGGCAAGUACCCAGACUUCAAAGUGGAAUCGUGGCAUUUGACGAGCCACUGGAGAAGCUGAAGGCUGAGGUUGUUUCUGAUAUUGGUAUUGAUGAUCGUUUGGUGCUGGUUGUCGAGGCUCCUGGUGGAUGUGGGAAGACUACUUUGGUGAAAAUGCUAUGUCAUGACGCUGAAAUUCGAGAAAAAUUUGGGGAGAAUAUCUUCUAUGUGACAGUUUCAGAAACACCCGACUUGAUGGUGAUUGUGAGUGAUCUGUUUAAUCCAAAUCCCUCCACCCCGCAGCUUCAGUUUCAAGGCAAGGAAGACGCAAAGAUCAAGUUGGACAACUUUUUGAAUAAGAAAGCAUCAGAUCCUAUGCUUCUAGUAUUAGAUGAUGUGUGGUCUGCUUCGUUUAUUGAAGAAAUCUUUCCAUCCAAGAUCAGAGGACACAAAAUUCUGGUCACAUCUAGGACUGCUUUUCCGAAAUACAAGACCUUCAGAUUUGAGCCUUUGAAUGAGGAAGAUGCCAAAACUCUCUUUUGCGAUUCAGCAUUCACUAAAGGAGGGAGUAGACCUAGUCCAACUAUUAGUGAUCAUCUUGUGAAUCAGAUGGUACAUUGGUGUAAGAAACAUCCCCUGACCCUUUUGGUGGUUGGCCGAUCCUUAAAUGGGAAGAAUGAGUUAGCCUGGAAAUCUAUGCUAGGAAAGCUGUCUCAAGGUAGGUUGGUUCUAGAUUUACACAAGGAUGUACUCAUAGGCCUAGAAAGAAGCUUUGACGCUUUGGAUGAUGAAUUUAAAGAAUGUUUCUUGGAUUUGGGGCUAUUCCCAGAAGAUCAAAGGAUCCCCGUUAGUACCCUCUUGAAUAUGUGGGUGCAUUUGUACAACCAUGAUGAUGAUGGUGUUGAUACCAUGGACACCAUCCUUGAGCUUUCCUAUAGAAAUCUUGUCGAUCUUAUGGCCAAAGGUUUUAGGAAUGAUUCAGGCGCAAGAGUUAACUAUUGUGACCAACAAUUCGUGACACAGCAUGAUUUGCUGAGGGAACUUGCUAUUCACUUGAAUAACAAACUACCUUUACCACAAAGGAGUAGAUUGUUUAUUGAUGCACGAGGAGAAGAUUUGCCUGCAUCAAUUGUAAAAAUCCAAGAAGCUAUGCAAGCCCGCAUAUUGUCCAUUUCCACAGGAGAAUCAUUCUCCUUGCGAUGGUGUGACAUGAAAGUCCCAGACCUCGAAGUUCUGAUCUUAAACUUAAUGUCAAAAACAUACACUUUACCCCAUUUCUUAGCAGCAAAUCCAAAAUUAAAGACUGUAAACAUCACAAACAACGGAUUAUACCCUACAGAAUUCAGCAAUUUCGAUUUUCUUGGCGCUUCUUACAAUCUAACAAGAAUUAGGCUCGAACGUGUAGUAAUAAGUCCAUCCAUUUUAUCACUCAUAAACCUGCAAAAUGUAUCCUUCAUAAUGUGCAACAUUGGCAACCCUUUCAAGAACCUCAUUGCCAAAACCCCAAAUAUCUGGCCACAGUUAGUUGAACUCGAGAUCGAUUACUGCCAAGACUUGGUCAAAUUCCCGGGGACAUUAUGUAACAGUGUCCAUCUCAAGAAGAUUAGCAUCACAAACUGUAAUGAGAUGUGUGGCUUUUCUGAAGAAUUUGGGGAUUUGAUUAGUUUGGAAAUGCUUGGUCUUCGUUCUUGUAUGAAAUUGAAGAAAUUGCCUGAAUCGAUAUGGAGACUUAAAAACUUGAGUGUUCUUGAUAUUUCAGAUUGUUUGAACUUGAGUGGGUUGCCGGAAAAAAUGGGGAAAUUGGGUUGUUUAAGGAAGAUUUAUAUGAAAGGUUGCAGCGGAGUACAUGAGCUACCAGAAUCUGUGGAGGAACUGUCUCAUCUACGUGUGGUAUGUAAUGAAGAAGUAGCUUGUAAAUGGCGGGAGUAUAGCAAUGUAGAGAUUGAUUUGGUGGAAGAAGAUCCAUUAGAAACCCUUAAGAGAAUUUUGUCGUUUUGAUGCGGCAUAUAUAUAUAAUCGAUUUUUGUACUUUUGUGACUGAUUCCUGAAUCAAUAAAGAGUCAAGAAAUAAUGGGAACAAAUUGCAGAUUAUUGUUAUUUUAUGGUUAUAAAAAUGUGAACACCAAACAGAAAUCAUAUUGACAUUAAGGAAAUAUCAUAUAAAAGAAUGAAAUCUUAAAUUCUCCGAGCUGACAAAUGCAUCGGUGUAGUUGUUGACAGUGGCCUCUGUUUCAAUCCACUCAUCAUGUUCAUCAUCAUCUCGCUACUAUCCACGCUCUUCUGUACAGAUGAUUUCCUACUCUUCAAUGGUGAAACCAAUCUACUCGCCAAUCUCGACGGUGAAAACGACCUCCGCAGCUUUGCCGCCGUCGACACUUUCUUAGGCGGUGAAAUCGACUUCUUCACGGAGGCCGUCCUUGGCGGUGACGUCAACUUCUUCUUUCCGGUGACCGUCCUGGGCGGUGAGAUCGACUUCUUCUUCACGGAAGCCAUCCCAGAUCUUGUCGGAGAUACGCAAAUCGUUGGGUUCCUAAUCUUCAAUGGAGAAGCCAGUCUAGUAGCCAAUCUCGACGGUGAAAAUGACCUCCGUAGCUUUGCUGACGUGGACACGUUCUUAGGCGGUGACAUCGCCUUCUUCUUCGCGCUGGCCGUUUUGGGUCUGGUCGGAGAUACAGAAAGUGGUGGGCUGCGAAUUUUUACUUGAAACUUAGCCACAGCGGCAGGAGGCGGCGGCGUCUUGAUUAGAAACUUGUGAGGGGUGGUCUGACGGGUUCUUGUAAUCACCGGCGACCUUGUUCUGCAAAAUUGUUGGUUUUGUGAAGCAGGUGUUGAAUGGAAAAGGGGGUUCGGGAAGAUCACGGUUUUUCUAGCCCAAGGUUUGUUCUUCGGGGACACCCUAUUCGCCGGAAACCGACCCUUUUCAGUCUCAAUUUCUUUUUUGGGUGGUGAACCGGAGACUUUGAAAUUAAUCCGUGAUUUUGCUCUUUCAAGUAAAGGAGAAUGUAGAUCUGAUCGGAUUAUCCGUUUCUCUCUCUUUCUCCGUGACCGGAGCUCGGUGGUUUCUGGGUUUAACCUCGAAUUCCGUCUGGAAUGAGUCACCGGAGUUUUCGGAUCGCCGCCGGUGCCGGUGGUGAUCUUUUUGGCUUUCGUUUCAACAGCCGUCACGAUUUCUCUAGCAAACUGACUUGCUUGGAGUAUCUCCCCCACCGUUUCGCCCAAAAUCAUCGCUGGUAGUGACAUCCUUUUCCAUUCCCCUUCAUCAAUUCAAAACCAAAAUUCAAAAAUCCGCCAUUGAAACACAAAAUACAAACAUCAGAUAUCACCCAAAAUUCUCACCUAUUUGUGUGGGUAAUCUUCCAGGUGACGAUUUUUGACCAUUUGCAUUUCUGAUUCUAAAGAUUGGAGAGAGAAAACAUUAGCAUAAUUAAACCAUCAAAUUAUAAAAUACCCAUCUGAUUGAUUUACAGAGAAUUUUCCAACAAAUUUUACCUGAGUGAUUCCUGUUUACACCUGAGGCUUGUUCUUAAGUAGCCUCUGGAACUACGAGGGCUGAGAUUCACACCGGAGAUCACCUUCGUCCCACCGGUGAUGUACUGAAGCUCUUGCAGUCUAUCCAUACAUUUCUCCACCUUCAAAAUCCCAGUUUUCGUCAUUGAAACACCAAAAUCCAAAAAUGAAAAAGAACAGAGAUUUAGAAGAAGGUGAAAUGGGUACCUUGUCGAGUGUGUCUCUGAGUUGAAUCGGAUCAAGUGGAGCCACAAUCUUCUUCCUCAGCUUCGGUGGUGAUCUUGCGACCAUUGUGUGUGUGUGUGUGUUGUGUGUGUGCGACAACAAGAAGAAAGGGUAUGUUACAUGAAGUAUAGUGAACACCCCCAACGGUCAGAUUGUGUAAAGUAGAAAACGCACACAAAGAGAGUUAAACGGCUACUUCUUUCUCUCUCUUUCUCCCAAUAAAAUAUUAUCAUCAUUUUAAUCAA